GCGGCCGUGUUGGCAGUUGGUGCUCUGGGACUUGGGCUCUCUGGGGGUACCGACAGCUGGGGCGGAUGGCGCAGGGUUGGGCCGGUUUUUCUGAGGAGGAGCUGAGGAGACUAAAACAGGCUAAAGAUUCAUUUGAACCACAGCGGCGUCUCCCCGUGAAGAAAACUCGACAACAACUUCAGCGAGAAAAAGCCCUUCUAGAGCAAAGCCAAAAACUUGGGCUUCAAGAUGGAUCAAUUUCAUUACCUCCAGAGCAGCUGCUUUCUGCACCAAAACAGAGAUUUAACACUCAAAAACCACAUUCUUCUCCCACUGUUCUUCCUAGGAGUCUUACACUCACUUCUCCCAUUGAUGAUGGAAAACCACAGAGUAUUGAAAGUGAACCAAGGGAACUGGGACUUGAGAAUUCCCAUGAUGGUCACAAAAAUGUUGAGGUUCUACCUCCAAAGCCAGAUUGCAAAUUGGAGAAAAAGAAAGUGGAAUUGCAAGAAAAAUCUCGUUGGGAAGUCCUCCAACAAGAACAACGGCUGAUGGAAGAGAAAAAUAAACGUAAGAAAGCUCUUUUGGCUAAAGCUAUUGCAGAAAGAUCUGAAAGAACUCAGGCAGAGACCAUGAAACUAAAGCGGAUCCAGAAAGAGUUACAGGCUUUAGAUGACAUGGUAUCAGCUGACAUUGGAAUCCUCAGGAACUGGAUUGAUCAGGCCAGCUUAGACUAUUCAUAUGCUCGGAAGCGAUUUGACAGGGCUGAAGCAGAAUACAUUACAGCAAAGUUAGAUCUACAGCGCAAGACUGAGAUAAAAGAGCAGCUCACUGAACACCUUUGUACAAUCAUACAACAAAAUGAGCUUCGAAAGGCCAAGAAGUUGGAGGAGUUGAUGCAACAACUGGAUGUACAAGCUGAUGAGGAGACUUUGGAGCUUGAGGUGGAAGUGGAAAGAUUGCUGCAGGAACAAGAAGCAGAAGCAGGGAAACAGAUGGUUCAUUUAGAAAGGCCAUUUCAGCCUGCUGGGGAGAGUGUGACAUUAGGAUUUGGUAAAGAGAGCAAAAAGCAUCAAGAACAAGCUACUUCCCCAAAGGUAUAUGAACAAUGUGAAAAUUCCAAUAGCAUCCCCCUUCUUAGUCCAGACUGCCCAAAUGAAGAAGUUAAUGACAUUUCAGCUGCUCUGGCCACAUGAAGUGCCACUGUUCUUUUCAACUAAUACUGUAUUCAGUAAAGUACUUUCUGCAGUAGAUUAUGCCCCAACCUCUGAUAAAAGCCUCUUUAAAACA